GAUUCCUUAGAAGACGACUAUUUUGAGAGGCCUCCUGGAGGCACUAAUUAAAGUACUUUUCCUCAGAGCAUGUGUUCAUGUUGAAGCCUGAAAGGAAUCUAAAAAGCGUACCAAGCCAGUUUCCGGGGGACUGAGAUUGCGGCGGACAACCAGGAAGCAGCCGGGCUGGGUGCUGUCUCGGGUUCUCCGCUCUGGUCUCGAGGGCAGGUCCCAGGGUUCCUACACCGUGUUCCCCAGCUCCGCGCUAUCCCUGCCCCGACCUAGGCUCCGGCCUGGCCUGUCGCUCCGGAGCCGCCAUGUCGUCCGACUUCGAAGGCUUCGAGCAGGACUUCGCGGUGCUCACUGCAGAGCUCACAAGCAAGAUUGCCAGGGUCCCCCGACUGCCCCCUGAUGAGAAGAAACAGAUGGUUGCAAAUGUGGAGAAACAGCUUGAAGAAGCAAAAGAACUGCUUGAGCAGAUGGAUUUGGAAGUCCGAGAGAUACCACCCCAAAGUCGAGGAAUGUACAGCAACAGAAUGAGAAGCUACAAGCAAGAAAUGGGAAAACUUGAAACAGAUUUUAAAAGGUCACGGAUCGCCUACAGUGACGAAGUGCGCAAUGAGCUCCUAGGGGAUGACGGGAAUUCCUCGGAGAGCCAGUUGAUAAAAUUACGUGAAGAGAGGGCACAUCUGCUCGAUAACACAGAGAGGCUGGAAAGGUCAUCUCGGAGACUAGAGGCUGGGUACCAAAUAGCAGUGGAAACCGAGCAAAUUGGCCAAGAGAUGUUGGAAAACCUCAGUCACGACAGAGAAAAGAUACAGAGAGCACGUGAAAGACUUCGGGAAACAGACGCUAACUUGGGGAAAAGCUCCAGGGUCCUGACGGGGAUGUUGCGAAGGUAAGAGCAAGGAUCAUCCAGAACCGUGUCCUGGUCGUCGUGCUGGCCGUCAUCCUGGUCAUCACCAUCCUGAUGGCGAUCACUUUCUCCUUCAGAAGACACUGAUGUAUCGGCGAGUCCUUGAUAAACAGCAACAGCGGCUCGUGCUGAGUAAUUAAGACAAAAUGGUCACAUGAAUCAUUCUUUUGCGCUGACAGGCCCCGAAUGACCCUCCCUCCCUCUCACCACUGUUCAGCCGGAGUGCAAAGAGUGUAAAAAUAUUUUUAUUCUUGUUUGCAUGUGGGUUGGUUUCCUUUUCUAGGUUUUCUUCGCCCAGAUUUGUGCUUGUGUAGGGCAAGGUGAGAGCUUAUUUGCCUUUUGGUCCUCUCACCUACUGACCAAAAUAGCCUCUAGUGACAUCUUCCUUGCCCCGUGGACAUGUCAGGGGUCACGGUUUGGGAGAGGGCAUAAUGAGUCUGUCACGGGGCUUCUGAUGGGCUGCGCUGUUCGUCACACAUCGCUUGUCACCGAAUUGCCCUUGUGUGAUGUCCGAGGAUCAAAAUGCAGAGAAAAGCAGGGAUCAGAGCCAGUGAUCUACAGCACACCAGCCCUGUUCCCACCCCAGCACAAUGAACGUAGUCAGCCCGCCUGAGUGCUUUCAUUGUAAAGGUGGGUUUCAACGUCAGCUGUGCAGGAAAUUGACUUAGCACUUUCUCUGUUUUUCUACGCAUAAUUUUCUUUUCUUUUCUUUUCUUUUUUUUAACACCCAGGAAUAUUUUCGCUGAGCCUGCCCAAUACCCACUUUUCACAACUUUGAUUACUGGCUACAAGAAAUCUUUCCAUACCCUCCCCAAAUCCCAGACUCCCCAGAAUUUGCCGGCAGCGUGAGCCCUGGCACCGUAUUUAAUGGUGACCCCCUCUCCCCUGACCUGUGUAAGCACUCCUGUAUCCUUUCGGUUUUAAUAUUUGCACUGCCAAAAGCAGCCCUCAGACAUGCGAAAGGUCUGACAAGGUUCUCCCCACAUCCAUUCCAGUAUGUAAAGAGAACAUGAAUAUUUCAGGAAGAGCAAGAACAUGACUCCGUCAGAGUGAAAUUUCGAAUGUGAUUAUAAAUAAGGUAGAGUCCUAUAGGGGGAUCCACUAGGAAUAAACUUCACGGAAAAUGGGCGAUAACCUCCUUUGAAAGAAAGGCAUCGCGCGUGUUGCAAAAAGACAGCUUGGGUUUUUCACUAACAAAUGUCAGCAUCGCCUUCCUGAAUUCACGAUGUGUUCAAACCCCUAACAGGCUUUGUGAUCUUCUUUGGUUUCUUUCUGUCCGCGGGAACGGGGAAUUGCGUUCAGAAUGAGUUCAUUUGUGAUGAGCUUCGAGUUGCCCAAGCUGAGGUCAUUUUCCCCCUAGCCAUGAAGCAAAUGUGUUUUUCUUUAAGACUUCAUAGGCACUUACAGGGUCCGCACUAUCUUUUGAAUAUAAUUGGGAGCUUUGAGUCCUUGAAAAGCAAGCCUGUUCUCUUCAUAAAAAAUGCUAACCACCUGUGCCCAUGGAUGGAGAUCGCCUAGGUGCAGCAUGUAAUGUAUCUCCCCCCCCCCCCAACUCAGAAGAGAACCCUUAUGGGGUAGGGAGGAAAUGCAGAAUGGCAAAAUCGCCGGAGAACUUGUGUUCAGAUAAAUCAUUUAGGAUCCUGUAAAUAGAGCUGCAGCCUUUACUGUGCGGGGAUGGGUGAGAUUUGGGCAGGGUGAAGUAGGACGGCGGAGGAGUGGGAAGGCUCUGCUGAUUUUCCCGUCGGCGUAAAGGAUCCAUCUCAGCAAGGAUCUUUUAUUCUGAUAACGGAAUUCUGUAUGUGCUAAACACAUCAAGAAACCAUGAAAAAGCAAGGAAACAAACAGCCCACUUCCUUCUCGCCCUGAAACAGUAACGGGGGGAGGGAGCCUCCAGCCUGUCCUCCUUCCUUCGAAGCGUUGGUCUUCCUUCUCUCAAGUGCGUAAGCAGGUCUCCAGCUGCAUCUCAGUUCCAGACCCUCCCCAGGCCACGCAGCGAGCCAGGUUGAUCUGAUCACCCGAACUUGCCAGCUCCUCCGUGUUUCACUAAGACCUGUGCUCAUGCUGAAGUAGGUGAAGGAAGGAAUGCGUUGUUCAUCUCUCAAUGGCCUUUUCUUUGGGGUUCUCUUGAUCAGCUCUUGCCUGAGAUUUUGCCCCAGUUCAACCUUGAGAGCAGAAAAGAUGUGAACAGAUAACCCUUGGCCAAACAGCCCCAUCAAACGCCCUUGAGAGCCACCCCCCGCCCGGAGUCGUGAGCGCCUAGUAGGAAGCUGGUCUGAAAGUCCCUUGAAUUCCGUGCGGGGCCCUCCUGGACGCUGUGGGAGAGACUCAAACGAGCCCAAAGACAGACAGAUUGUCCUCUUCCUUCCACACUCCACCGGGGAAGGAAGAAAGCCCACACACAAUCAAAAGGUUCCAGGAACUUAAUAUGUAGACCUCAACUGAUCAAUGGAGUUAAAGUUGGGAAUAUUGUUAUAUUGUUUAAGAUGCCUUGCGAUGUGGGGUCAGGGGGUGGGAGGGGUGGGGGGGGGGAGUGAUGAAGAAGCAGAGGAGGAAGAAGAGGAGGAAGCCCCUGCCACAUAAAAUUCACUGCAGACUGCACAGUUUCCCUGACAAAAUAAAUAAAGCAGACGCUACCCUGCUCCAGAAUCCAAAGCAAUUUAAUUAACGUCUCUUAAGUUGUAAAGAGUUUUAAAUGUUCCACGUUGAAGGCGAGUGCCUGCGAAUGCGGUGGGCUUGACGUCAGCCGCCAGCCGCCAGCCUGGGCCGGGAGGCCAUUUGCGAUUCUGUUUCAGGCGGGCUGGAUUGUCUUAUUUUGGAACCAGCGUGGUGGGGGGUUUGCUUUGCUACCGCUUCUGAGCCCCGAGCUUCAAAGGCUGAAAUUAAUGGCGAACAAAAUUGUGCGGCGCUGGCCGUCCCAUGCGGGGCAGGCCCAUUGAGGGUUAUCAUUAAGUAAAGAAAUAAAGAGGGAAAAAGCCUGCCUGUUCCAAAAACCUCAUCAGAUAAUGACCUCCGUGAUUGGGUUUCAUUACCAAACCAGCAUCCAGAGAUUAUCUACUCCAGAAAAGAAGGGAGCAGGAGAGAAAAAGAAAGAAAGGAAAGCAACUGUCUUUCUCUUUCUUUCUCUCUCUCUCUCUCUCUCUCUCUCUCUCUCUCUCUCUCUCUCUGGCACAUCUUUUCUUUAAAACUGUCAGAUCAUUUCAGUAUUUCAAAUCCGAGGAAAACAGCCUGCCUGCUGCUGUAUUUGAAGUUGUAAUGGUGUCAAAAAGUCACGACUGACUGACAGCCAUCAGUCCCAGAGGGGCUCAUUAAAUCAUAAAAACUUGACAAGGAAAUAAUUGCGCAUCGCCAGCAACUUGGCGCCUGUUUAGACGUUUUUAUUUUCUUUCAUUAUUAGUCCCCACCAUUGCGUUCAUUAACAAAUUGCAUUAAACAACUGUUAAGGGCUAAUGAUUUGUUUAUCGCUUUUUUAUUAUUAUUAUUUAAACAUUAGCUGUGUCAUGUGGUACCCCAGCAGCCUCUUGCCAUCAUCUGACUGAAUAUUUUUCCACUCCGAGCUCUGGGUACUGUUGGAAUAUGAAAUAGAUUAUUCAUUACUCUCCUCUUUGCCACUGAUUUGGUUUCAUGUAGCGUCUUCCACAGAGAAAGAUGAAAACUUGUCAAAAAUAGGUUAUAUCUUAUUCGAAGGGGCAACAAUAGCAGCAGGUACAGGCACACUUUAAUAUUUAAUUAAGGUUGAUGUUAACCCCUUUAAAUGACUUUUGCUGUAAGUUCUAUUCAAAUGCAGAAGAGAAAAAUAAUUGUUCUUAAUUUGCAACCUGUUCAGCAGGCACUCUUCGUGGUGUUAGCUGGAAAUUUAGACCAGAAUUGUUAAAUAAUGAAAUUUCCCAUCAUAAAUAUUUAUGGCCAUUUGUCUACGUAGUUGCGAACACACCACAAGCGAUGAUUUCCUCGUCCCCUUGGUUUGAACUGCGAGCCCAGUGGGUCACUCGGUGCUGGGGAGUGGAGACGGCUUUCUUGGGAGAAAUGUGUAUCCCAAGCCAAAGACCCUGGGUUGGCUGUGACUGGGGCUGGUUUCCAAGCAACCACUGUGAGUCCCAUGUCUCUGGUCCACUUGCCUCCCCCUUUAGCUGAGUGUGUGGUUGGAGGAGUGUGGUCUGGAGUGAGAGCAGGUAGAGGCUCCUUAAUAGGACGUGUGUGCCUGGGUGGCUGGUGCAGGCAGGGUGUGAUGAGAGGGCGUCCGGGUGUCUCCAUGUAGGCGGUGAGCGCAUUGCUAACAGAGCCUCCCUAAGAGACAGAGGGACCCUCCAUCUUCCUCCUUCUCUGUGACUUGCCAUUGGUAGAAUGGUCGGCUUUGCCAGGGGCUGUAAGCUUGAGGUGCAAGUCCCACCCUCAUCGUCAUCCCAAGACGGAAGCCAGUGGCCGCCUCCACGCUGUAACUGCAGACCACACUCAUCAUCCUGUUUGAUCCAGUGAGUUUCCAUGGCCAUGGAAGCCACUCUCAGAGACCUAGUUCGUCAGCACUUCAGGCCUGGGCAUUAGGGUCAAUAUCAGGGAAUGGGGAAUACCGAUCUCCUAGCCCGUGUCCACUCCCACCCACCCACCCCCAAGAGAACAGGCCCUCAGACCCCCUGGAUGUGAAGGAAGAGUGCAUGUUCCUUACUCCGCACAGCAUCUCUCAGCACUGCCCACCAAGGACAGGUGGACCCCACAGUGUAGGGAGCCCUCACCUCCGUGGGGUGGGGCUGCUGCUGAAUCAAGGGGACCUGUCAGCCGCAGGCCGGUGCCUGGAAGGGGCUGAGGCUCACCAGCCUCGCUCUGAGGCUCUGAUCACUCUGUCCCAACCCCCUCUGCUUCUCUCUGGACACAGGAAGUGGCCGAGGCCCUGGCCCCCCGGGAUGUACCAUGGGCAGCCCAGCCUGGUCCUGUACAGGGCACCCUGUGGGCUGGCAGAUACUGGAAAUCCACCUUUAAGAAUUCACUCCUUUGGUUUCUGACCUUAUGCCUGGGGAAAUGCAGAUUCCUUCUCCCCAGACAGCUUCAGCCCCAUCAGCCUCUGAUCAGCCUGGGCGAGUAGCCUCCUGAGGGCAGGUUUGGGGUUUGGGGGAGGAAAGACCUACCCAGUGAUUGGGAUUUGGGAGAAGGGGGAGAAGGAAAGGGGGUCCUGGUUCCCCAAAACCAGCUCCCUGGAGGUUUCUCCUAGGGCUGCCACUGGGUGUAUUUCCGGGGACACAGCUUUGCCCGACAAGCCCCCUCACACCAUGGCCAGGGCACGUUCUGAGAACGCAUGGGCUUUGCCAAGGAGAGGUCACUGCUUGAGGGCCCUCUGCCCGUCCAGGCAGAGCUUUAGCUGAAGCAGAGGAGAGAACAGGGAGGCAGGAGGAGGAGUUAGAGAGGGAGGGGGAGUUAGAUAGCUCCACUCCGUGAGCUGCUCCAGCCUAGUCUCAUCCAGAGCCCCACUGAGGGGGAGAGGAGGCCACGGCCGCCACAGUGCACAGUGAGGCAUGGGGGAAAGAACCCAAAUGAAUAGUCUGUGCCCUGAGCUGACCCUCCCACGCUGCCCCACCGGGGGUCUUGGCACAGUGGGGACACUGGGACCAUCAGAGCCUUUCUCUGCUUUUCUGUCUCUUCUUCACCAAAGCCCACCCCUCCUGAGAAAUUACAGAGCAAGGAGAGCUAGAUGGCUUCAGUGAGCUCAUUGUCCCCAAGACUCCUAAAUAAUCCAACCUUCCCCUGUUUGCAGCAUGGGAAGUGUAACCAGAAUUAUUCAUCCAGUCAAUAAAUAUUUAUUGAAUAUCUACUAUGUAUCAGGCCCCAAAGACUCAUGGUAAAACGGAUAGAUAAGAAAACAAGCAAGGUAGUCCCACAGCCCUGGGGCUGGAGGUCAGAGAGCUGUUUUCAUUCCCGGUGUGCUGACUUGCUGUGUGAUCCCAGGGCAUGGAGACCAUGUGGUGAUGCCCGCCUCUGCUGCCUUCCAUCGCUACCCUGUGGUGCCCACCCCAUCUCCAUGACUUGCCUGGCAAAGCCCUCUCCAAACGACAGUGCUGUGUUCAUUCCUCCCGGCAGUUUCCAUGACUACCUUUGCAAAAUUGCCCCAUUGGAUCCAAGUAGGGUUGACGCUUGCCUGCCUGUGGGCAAGUCCCAUCAGCGCUGGCCCUUGUCCAGAGCCAUCAUCCCAGGAGAGACACGGGGUACAGGAACAAGGACCAUGUAGACUGGGGCCCAGGGCUCUGGGGCUGACUUAGAAGGUUUUUUCCUGCUUAUUAAAGGAUAAAGGUUUGACUUGGCAGGCAAUCGGAAACCCAAAAUAUCAUAAAAGGGAAAAAGUUGCCGAGUGGCUAAGAGGUGCACCAUGGGAGUGUGGCUGGGCUCAGCGCGAGGUGAUCGCUGAGCAAACGGAGCGGGAGACGUAUUUCAAAGGCUUCUCUCUGCUUCGUCUCCUCUCUCUGGGCCCCGUGCGGAAAGGGGAAAUGGAAGCCAAAUCCAGAUUUGGGCACAUGGCUGCUUGGGCACCCUCCCCCACACCCACCCCCAGACAGUGGAGAAACUUUGAUGUCUGGGCAUGUGGCAUUUGGGGACAGGAGACGCUGGGCAUCCCAGCAAAGGCAGCUGCACGUUCCAGGCCUCCAGACGGGCCUCCCUGAGCCCCUUUGUGAGGAGAGAUGAAAGCCACCGAGCCAGAGAGAGCAGGGUUUGCAGAUGACGAAGCAUGGGCGCUCUGUGCUGCCACCUUGGCGACAGUGUGGAUGGCAGACAAGCUCCGAUGCCCAGGACCCUCGCGCUCUGCAGGCUUCAGGAGCCAUGGAGGCCCACCUGCUUGUUCAGAUGGGGAAACGGGCUCAGAGAGGGGAGCCUUGCUCAGGAUCGCCCAGCAAGUCCUCGGCCAGGUCCUCGGCCUCCAGGCUGCUUCUCUCCUCCGCAGCUCCAAUCACCCCCGGCGGUGAGGGAAUGUUUCUGACAGAGCAAGGGUCAAGGGCCUCUGUGUGAUAUGGUAGCCACUAGUGUGUAGAACCUUCUAGAAGACUGGGAGACCGGUGUUCUGAGUGCUUUUGGAUGCUGGGCUGGUGUCAUGGGCCUGUGACCAGUGCAUGUGCACAGGGCCCCAGACUCAGAGGGGCCCAGGCUUGGGGGUGAAUGCUCUGCAGUCAUUUUCUUGAGAUUCUUAAUAAUUUUAUCUUUGUAGUUGUGUUUUGUAACUAAAAUGCAGUGGGUCAUUGGACCGUGAAGGGGGGGGGGGGGGGGAAUGCAGGGAAGCUGGGGCUUGGAGCCUCUUUUCACCCACAGUCCUGCCUUCUCCCACCCCCUGUAUCUGGGGUCUGGAGCCACAGCUCCACAAGGCUUCCCCUCUUCAUCUCCAGCCCCAGCUGCUACCAGCCCGCCCUCCACCUGGGCACAGACACACAGGCACAGGAUCAGGCCUGCACACCCAGAGCAUUGGGAGGCGAGGGAGGGGCAUGGUGGCAGCAGUCCCUUUGGGGCUGGCAGCAUCAGGGCACACUCAGUGGGGUGCACUACCUCGUGUACCCAGGGCAUCCUGGCACAAGGGCUGCAGUGCCCCUGGGGUUGCCCACCUGCUGAGCGUUGGGGAGGGGGCUGGUGGAAGGGGGAGAUGCCUGCUUGAUCUCCUGCCCCAGGCGUGGGGCACAGCGUGUUCAUCCAGCCACAGGGAGAAAGGGAACCCGAUAGGAAAAGGGAACCCAACCGCUAGCCGCAAGUGCAAGUGCCCCUCCUCUCCAGGCAGCGCGCAGGCCUGUGGGGUCUGCCCUCCCCGUGGGAGGACCCCAUUGGCCAGCCCCAUGUCUGGGGGACCCCUCUCUUGCAACUUAUUGCUUCGGGCCUGGUCAUGGCAUUCUCUUAAGACGAGCAACAAAAUACAAUGCGUAACUUUGAUGAUUCACACACGUGUUAAAUAUUCCAAUAUUUGCCUUUAAAACUGGCAUUGCCCAAUAUAAACGUGAAUAGUAAAACCCAUGCUAAUCAUUUAAAAUUUUGACUUGACUUUGAACGACAGUAACUAGGAAAUUUAAAACACCGUGGCAAGUUGAAAGAGAGGGCGACAGACAUACUGACUAGGGAAGAAAGGGAAAAGCACUUUUUUCUGACGCUUUGAACGAGGGCUCCCCAUCACUUUGGGUUUUUUUGCUUUGGAUCUCACAAACUGUGGAGCCAGCCCUGCCUGGGUGAGUCACUUUCCCUCUUGGGCACCCAUUUCCCUGUCAGGAAACCAACCUUCACACUGCGCCUGCCCCUCCCUGGCUCACGGCACACUGAGUGCAGACUUGGAGAAAACCGAUAAGAGAGUCGGAGCCCAGCGCGUGCUGCCAGUCCUCGGCCUUAGAUCCAGGGCCUUCCUUUCUUUCUUCCUUUCUUUUUAAAAUAUAUUUUUAUUGAUUUCGGAGAGGAAAGGACGGAGAGAGAGAGAUAGAAACAUCAAUGAUGAGAGAGAAUCAUUGACUGGCUGCCUCCUCCACAUCCCACACUGGGGAUCAAGCCCACAAUCCGGACAUGUGCCCUGACUGGUAAUCCAACCGUGGCCUCUUGGUUCAUAGAUCGAUGCGCCACGCCAGCCAGGCAGCCCUUCUUUCUUAAAGGGGGGUCAGCCCCGGCACAUGGGUUUAACCACCACUGCCAAGGCCGUCUCUCCCCCAGGCAGGUCGGUGUUAUGUCCCAAGACUUAACAGCCCCACUUACCAGCACCCAGACAUACAGACUAGAGCAGUGGUUCUCAACCUUCUGGCCCUUUAAAUACAGUUCCUCAUGUUGUGACCCAACCAUAACAUUAUUUUCGUUGCUACUUCAUAACUGUAAUGUUGCUACUGUUAUGAAUUGCAGUGUAAAUAUCUGAUAUGCAGGAUGGUCUUAGGCAACCCCUGUAAAAGGGUCGUUCGACCGCCAAAGGGGUCGCAACCCACAGGUUGAGAACCGCUGGACUAGAGGCAUCAGCCCCAGAGAGAUUUCAUCUGGCAUCCAAGCAAGUUGUGAAACAGAAAGACAUCAGCCAAGACCCCGGGUUGAUCUGCACCUUCCAUGUGGUUUUCCACUGAGGCCUGGGAUUUCAGCGCUCGGUGCCAAGGUGCCAGGCUUGGGUCGAGAGGUGUCAUCCUCUGGAGAAUGAUAAAAAUUCCAUUCCACUUCCAGGGGGAAGGCACCCCCGUUUCAGAAUUGUUUCCAAAGCUACCAUCACGGGGUCUCCAGUGCAGCUUCUGCCUGGCCUGACAUUUCAGAAGCAACUGUCCGAGGCUGAAUGGGACCAAAGCAGCAGCCUGCCAUAUUCUAUAACAGCGCUGGCACUUUAAGGCAACAUUAUGAAAUGAGUGAAUGAAUGGGUGAAUGAAUGAAUGAGAGUCGUUUAGAUCAAGUUGCCUCCAACGGAAUCCCAACUGCAUACGCUUCCACAUCAUGUCAGGAAAGAGGAAAAAUUAGAUGAGCCCCAUUUGGCUUCUUCUCUAGCUUUUCCCCGAUCGUGGGUGAUCCCCUAUUGUUUCGGAAGUUUUAUUUCUUCAAGUUGAUCUUAUUUCACUUCAUUUCAUUUUGAGGGAUGUCUCCUGGCCUCCGCUCAACUUCCUCCGCACAAUUCAUUCGGCCUGAGAGCCGCUGCAGAGCGGGAUUAGAACCCAUGUAGAACAUGAUCACUUUAAACUGAGAUCUGCUAAUUAAUCGCUCUUCUCUGCGUAAGUGAGCAAUGGCGCUCCUUCCCCGAGGAAUUGCGAUUUCAUGGUACCUAAUGAUGGUGCGAUUGCAUUAUCUGGAUCACUGAGACAGUGGGUGUCCGGAGCGGUGCUUGGAGCCUGGAUCCGGGGUGGGUUCAAAUCGCUCCUAAAACUGAGGGGAUGCGGGGGAGGAGUUAGAAUGUCCGCUGCUCAUUGUCAAUACUGUGCUGCUGUUUCUGACAUCUCAUUCACGUCCCAGUUUCCCCCAGCUCCACGAGGCCGUGUUCCCCGGGACUUCAUGACUUUUUCUAAUCUCCACGGGGUUGUUUUUUGUGUGCAAAUCUAUUUAUUUACUGUAUUCCACAAAGUAAUUUAUUUCCAGCAUUUAUUUUCAUUAGGUCUCUUGGAAAUGUGGUCCUACCUGUCGUUAGCACAAGUGAUACAUUUUAAUUGUUGUUUCCUGGACUAACUUGUAUUAUUUGACGAGUUAAAUAAAAUGUCUAAUUCCAAAGUC